CAUAAUCUGUAGUGAAGUGAAAAAGUAAUAAGGAGUAAGUGCAAGGAGCUAGGCAGCCUCCGCCCAAAUUGUCAAAGCUCGGGGCAAAUUAAGGAUGGCGAAACCACUUGGCAGCAACAGAGCUGCCGUUCAGGCCACAAACGACGACGCUUCCGCUAGCAAACUGUCAUGCGUGAAAAAAGGAUACAUGAAAGAUGAUUAUGUUCAACUCUUUGUUAAAAAGGAGCUGAGGCGAGCUCCCAUUAUUAAUCGUGGUUAUUUUGCCCGCUGGGCUGCUCUUCGCAAGAUGCUCUAUCAAUUUCUCGAUUGUGAGGAUGGAAAUGAAGGCCAUACGAAGAAGCAGAUACUCUCACUUGGAGCUGGCUUCGACACUAUGUUUUUUCAGUUGCACGAUGAAGGAAAAGCCCCUUAUCUUUUCGUGGAACUGGAUUUCGCUGAGGUAACAAGUAAGAAGGCAGCUCUUAUUGAAACAUAUAGUCAGUUGAGGGAUAAAGUUGGCGAAACAGCAUCAAUCUCCUCAGAAAAGGGGGAAGUCCAUAGUGAUCAUUACAAAUUGCUGCCUGUAGAUUUGCGCAACAUAGACAAUUUAAAUGAUAUUAUAGCCCAAGCAAAUUUAGACCCCAGUUUGCCAACAUUUAUAAUUGCAGAAUGCGUUCUUAUAUAUUUGGAUCCUGAUUCAAGCCGUGCUAUUGUUGGAUGGGCUGCAAGAACCUUUUCCACGGCAAUAUUUUUCUUGUAUGAGCAGAUCCAUCCGGAUGAUGCUUUUGGCCAGCAAAUGAUUCGGAAUUUGGAGAGCCGAGGCUGUGGACUAUUAGGAAUUUAUGCUACACCCACUUUACAAGAGAAAGAAAAUCUAUUUGUUGAUCAAGGAUGGCAGAAAGCAGUUGCUUGGGACAUGCUACGGGUUUAUAGUGAUUUUAUUGAAGCUCAAGAAAGACGCAGGAUUGAAAGAUUGGAAAUAUUUGACGAAUUUGAAGAGUGGUAUAUGAUGCAGGAGCACUAUUGUGUUACAUAUGCAAUUAACGAUGCUAUGGGUCUGUUCAAGGAAUUUGGUUUCCCUAAUAGACAGCCUACGACAGACGCCUCGAUUGCAACAUCCACAUGAAAAGAGGACCUCAUCUAGACAAUCAUUUAUUUUCAACCUCUGAUGCUAAUCAGAAUAUGAAUGGAAGCUGGUUACUAGUUGUCAACUUGUCCGGACCUAGAGGUUUCAGGUACUGAAAGGGUCUCUACCAGUACUGGGUCCUAGUUAGAUGUUUUAGGGAUGAUCAUUAGUGUGAAUGCAUCUAUACAUAUACUUGUUUGACAUGAGGGGGAAGAUCCUUUCCAGAUAUUUUUUUAUUUUUCUUUUUAUUUUACAUAAUUUUGGCCUGAACUGAGUUUGAAUGGAGCGACAUGGGCCGUGAGAGUUUAUAUAGUCGAUCCCAACUUG